AGGUGCCUAGGUUAGGGAUUUCCGGUUGUAAAAAUGUUACUAGUAAAGAUAUUGCGGAGAUGCAAAGAUUGGAGGAGGAAGCUAAGAAUAGAGAAAUGGCAAGUGCGCCAAAGAAAGUACCACUACCACCUUCUUCUAUGUUUUCGGGUGGAAUGUAUGCAACUGGUUUUGAAUCAAAGAAAAGAAAGGAGGUUGGAAGUUCUAAUCCGCCUUCUCCUCUUGAGAAGUCUUUUAAUUUGCAAGCUCGAAAUCAAUUACAUGCUCUGAUUGCAAGAUUUUUCUAUGCAUCAGGCUUGCCAUUUCACUUGGCAAGGAGUCCAUACUAUGUGAGUAUGUUUUUAUUUGCAUGUAGCCAUAAUUUGGCAGGUUAUUUGCCUCCAGGGUAUAACUUGUUGAGAACAACUUUGCUCCAACAAGAAAAGGCAAAUGUGGAGCGAUUGUUGCAGCCAAUCAAAAGCACAUGGCGAGAGAAAGGAGUAAGCAUUGUGAGUGAUGGAUGGAGUGACUCACAAAGAAGGCCUUUGAUCAAUUUUAUGGCGGUGUCUGAAAGUGGGCCUAUGUUUCUGAAGGCAGUUGAUUGUUCUGGUGAGACCAAAGACAAAUUCUUUAUCUUUAACUUGAUGAAAGAAGUGAUUGAAGAAGUUGGUCCUCAGAAUGUGGUUCAAGUGAUUACAGAUAAUGCAAAGAAUUGUGCAGGUGCAGGACUUCUUGUUGAAGGAUUGUAUCCUAACAUUGUUUGGACACCAUGUGUGGUUCACACACUCAAUCUUGCUUUGCAGAAUAUUUGUGCGGCGAAGAAUUUGGAAAACAAUCAAGUAGUAUAUGAUGAGUGUUCUUGGAUUACAAUUGUUUCAGGUGAUGUUACUAUCAUCAAGAAUUUUAUCAUGAACCAUUCCAUGAGGUUAGCCAUUUUCAAUGAGUUUGUGCCUUUGAAGUUGCUAUCGAUUGCUACUACUCGAUUUGCUUCUGUACUUGUGAUGUUGAAGCGAUUCAUGCUUAUAAAGAGAAGUCUAAUGAGUAUGGUGAUUAGUGAGCAGUGGAAUUCUUAUCGGGAGGAUGAUGCGGGGAAGGCUAAAUUUGUGAAGGAGAAGGUGCUAGAUGAUGUUUGGUGGGACUCCAUUGAUUAUAUACUCAAAUUCACAGCUCCUAUAUAUGAUAUGCUUAGGGCUUGUGAUAUGGACAAGCCUUGUCUUCACUUAGUCUAUGACAUGUGGGAUUCUAUGAUUGAAAAAGUGAGACUUGCAAUAUAUAGGAAAGAAGGAAAGCGAGUUGAGGAGUCUUCAAAGUUUUACGAUGUGGUGCAUGGAAUUCUAGUUAGUCGUUGGAACAAGAACAAUACUCCCCUCCAUUGCUUAGCUCAUUCACUCAAUCCAAGGUAUUAUAGUGAGAAAUGGCUUAAUGAAGAUCCUACUCGGGUUCCUCCACACAAAGAUGUUGAAGUUGCUAGGGAGAGAAUGAAAUGCUUUAAGAAGUACUUCUCUAACUCCGAAGAGAGGAUGAUGGUAACAAUGGAGUUUGUAAACUUUUCUAGCAUGUCGGGAGAUUUUGCAGAUUCUGAUUCUAUUCACCAUCGUAAUGAUAUGGAUCCUAAGAGUUGGUGGGUUACAUUUGGUGCAAGUGCACCUUUGUUGCAAAAUCUAGCUUUGAAGAUACUUGUGCAACCUUCGUCUUCAUCAUGUGCUGAGAGGAAUUGGAGCACUUACUCGUUUGUGCAUUCAGUGAGGAGAAAUCAGAUGGCACCAAAACGUGCUGAAGACUUGGUUUUCAUUCAUAGCAACCUUCGUCUCUUAUCCAGAAGACAACCAGAUUAUAGUAAAGGAGAGAGCAAGAUGUGGGACAUUGCAGGUGACAAGUUUGGCACAUUUGAGGAUGUUGGGGAACUAGAGGUUGCACAACUCUCUCUUGAUGAGCCAGACUUAGAGUGUGUAGUCUUUGCUGAUGAUGGUGAUGAGGGUAUAUUGGGUGAAAGUCAUGAAACAAAGGAAGUUUGAGCAAUUAAAAAAAACAAACAUAACUAGCUGAGGCUUGAGAGUGUUAAUUUGUCAUUGUAAUUGCAUUUCUUUUGGUUACAUUAGUCAUUGUAAUGUCAUUGUAAUUGCAUUUCUUUUGGUUACAUUAGUCAUUGUAAUUGCAUUUCUUUUGUUACAUGGAA